AUGAGUUGGAGUUUCCUGACUCGCCUGCUGGAAGAAAUCCACAACCAUUCAACAUUCGUGGGCAAGAUCUGGCUCACCGUCCUCAUUGUUUUCCGCAUCGUGCUGACGGCCGUAGGAGGGGAGUCCAUCUACUACGAUGAGCAGAGCAAGUUUGUCUGCAACUCAGGCCAGCCGGGCUGUGAGAACGUCUGCUACGACGCCUUCGCUCCGCUCUCCCACGUCCGCUUCUGGGUUUUCCAAAUCAUUCUGUUGGCCACGCCUUCACUCAUGUACCUGGGCUAUGCUGUCAACAAGAUCGCCCGGGCGGAAGAGCAGACAGACAGCGGAGGGGUGAUUGGAUUUUCGCAGAGGAAGCCCAGGAAGCCCUAUCUUGCAGGCAGGAAGCAGAAUAGGGGCAUUGAAGAGGCCGAGGAUGACCAAGAGGAAGACCCGAUGAUCUAUGAAAUGGCAGAGGUGGAGAGUGAUGAUGGUGUACCGGUGAAAAGAGGUGGUGAUGGACUAACAAAGGUCAAGGCGCGCCAUGACGGGCGCCAGCGUAUCAGAGAGGAUGGACUGAUGCGUAUUUAUGUGCUUCAGCUCCUGACCCGCACCUUGCUGGAGGUGGCUUUCUUGUGUGGACAGUAUGCCCUGUAUGGCUUCGCUGUGCCUCACACCUACGUGUGCUCAGACCUGCCCUGCCCUCACAGUGUGGACUGCUUUGUAUCACGGCCCACUGAGAAGACCAUCUUCCUCCUCAUCAUGUACACGGUCUCCUUGCUCUGUCUUGCGCUCAAUAUAUGGGAGAUGCUUCACCUGGGCAUAGGGACCAUCUGUGAGAUCGUACGCUCCCGCCGGGUGCAGCUCCCCGACGACGAGCUGUACGGGCUGACGCGGGGACAAGAAACUCCUAAUGAGGCGGGACUGAGCGGGGAUAAUUACAGAAGCUACCCAUUUUCUUGGAAUGCACCAUCAGCUCCACCCGGGUACAACGUCGCCAUCAAACCUCUUCUGGUAAAUACAGGAAACCACAACAAGCCACUACCCAUCACUGAUAUCACUAAUGCUAAGAUGGCAUGCCGGCAGAACCACGUGAACAUUGCCCAAGAGGAGCGUCAGCAGUACACCAAUAACGAUGAAAACCUGUGCACAGCGGGGAUGGGAGACGCCCCCAAAUGUGUUCAUAAGGACAUCCGUCAGCCUCAGAGCAAGCUGGAGUCUGACAAUCCGGCCAACAGCCAGCCACAGAGCCACAGUAACAACCACAGCAAGCCUCACCGUGAACGUAAACACCGGCAGGCCUCCAAACACGCAAGCAAGGCAGACGCUAACAGAGGCAGCAGCACCAGCAGUGGCAGCAAAUAUGGAGUCAUAAAGGGUUCUGAGUGGAUCUGA